GGUCUUCCCGACGGACGCCGCGCCACAUCCUCGCGCUGCUUUACGAACCUAGACAGCGGCUCCCCGCCUCCAGUCUCCGUCCUCACAUCUCCGCCCCCUCUCACUUUUCAAUCUCCUACCCCGACGCGCCCGCUAUAAUCACGUGAUUGCCUCAUCCGGGUCCUUUGCGUUCUCGCUCCCUCUCCCAACAUGGCGGCCUCAGCAAAAAAGAAGAAUAAGAAGGGGAAGACUAUCUCCCUAACAGACUUUCUGGCUGAGGAUGGAGGGACUGGUGGAGGAACCACCUAUGUCCCCAAACCAGUAAGCUGGGCUGAUGAAACAGAUGACCUGGAAGGAGAUGUUUCAACCACUUGGCACAGUAAUGACGACGAUGUGUAUAGGGCACCUCCAAUUGACCGAUCCAUCCUUCCCACUGCUCCACGGGCUGCUCGGGAACCCAAUAUCGACCGGAGCCGUCUACCCAAAUCUCCACCCUACACUGCUUUCCUAGGAAACCUGCCCUAUGAUGUAACGGAAGACUCUAUUAAGGAAUUCUUUAGAGGAUUAAAUAUCAGUGCAGUGCGCUUGCCACGUGAACCUAGCAAUCCAGAGAGGUUGAAAGGUUUUGGUUAUGCUGAGUUUGAGGACCUGGAUUCCCUGCUCAGUGCCCUCAACCGCUAUGAAGACCGCUAUGACAGACGGGACGAUCGGCCCUGGGGCUCCAGAGACGAUUACUCCCGGGACGAUUACAGGCGUGAUGACAGAGGUCCCCCCCAAAGACCCAAACUGAACCUAAAGCCUCGGAGUACUCCUAAGGAAGAUGAUUCCUCUGCUAGCACCUCCCAGUCCAGUCGAGCAGCUUCUAUCUUUGGAGGGGCAAAGCCUGUUGACACAGCGGCUAGAGAAAGAGAAGUGGAGGAACGGCUACAGAAGGAGCAGGAGAAAUUGCAGCGUCAGCUGGAUGAGCCAAAACUAGAACGACGGCCUCGGGAGAGACACCCAAGCUGGCGAAGUGAAGAAACUCAGGAACGGGAAAGGUCAAGGACAGGAAGUGAAUCAUCACAGACUGGGACCUCAGCCCCAUCUGGCAGAAAUGCCCGAAGGAGAGAGAGUGAGAAGUCUCUAGAAAAUGAAACACUCAAUAAGGAGGAAGACUGUCACUCUCCAACUUCUAAGCCUCCCAAACCUGAUCAGACUCUAAAGGUAAUCCCAGCCCCUCCACCAAAGGAGAAUGCAUGGGAGAAGCGAAGUUCUAACCCUCCUGCUCGAUCUCAGAGCUCAGACACAGAGCAGCAAUCCCCUACAAGUGGUGGGGGGAAAGUAGUUCCAGCUCAGCCUUCUGAGGAAGGACUGGCAAGGAAAGAUGAAAAUAAAAUAGAUGGGAUGAGUGUCCAAAAAGGCCAAACUGGGAACUCCAGCCGUGGUCCAGGAGAUGGAGGGAACAAAGACCAUUGGAAGGAGUCAGAUAGGAAAGAUGGCAAAAAGGAUCAAGACUCUAGAUCUGCACCUGAGCCAAAGAAACCUGAGGAAAAUCCAUCCUCUAAGUUCAGUUCUGCAAGCAAGUAUGCUGCUCUCUCCGUGGAUGGUGAAGAUGAAAAUGAAGGAGAUUAGACCUCAACAUCCUGUGUUUUCUCCUAGUCUUUCUCCACCCUGGGAACAUUCGAGAGCAAAUCAAACCUCUAUCCAGACAAGGCAAAAUAAAA